AUGGUACAUAUUCUUGUCGGAUUCUUUGUCUUCAUAACAGGACUUGGAUUAUUGAGAGGAGGAGAGUCUCUAGGGAUCAAUUAUGGGCAAGUAGCCAACAAUUUGCCACCGCCAGAUAAAGUGCUUGAUCUAUUGCAGGCCCUGAAGUUAACAAAAGCAAGAAUUUACGACUCGAAUCCGGAGGUGCUGUCGGCAUUUGCAAACUCUAACAUUGAGCUAAUCGUGACAGUUGAAAAUGAGAUGCUAGCAAGUUUAACGGAUCCUCAGCAAGCCCUUCAAUGGGUUAGCACUCGUAUAAGGCCAUAUUUCCCGGCUACGAGAAUCACAGGCAUUGCAGUUGGAAACGAAGUAUUUACAGGAGAGGACAACACGUUGGUGGCUAGUUUAGUACCUGCCAUGGUCAGCAUUCAUGCGGCUCUGGUGCGUUUAGGACUAGAUCAAUACGUCCAAGUUUCAACACCUAAUUCUCUAGCAGUUCUAGCACAAUCAUAUCCGCCUUCAGCAGGGUGUUUUAGUAGUGAGCUCAAUGGAAUCAUGCCGCAACUUUUGCAGUUUUUGCAGAGUACAAACGCACCUUUUUGGAUCAAUGCUUACCCAUAUUUCGCUUACAAGGACGAUCCAAACAGAAUUCCUCUAGACUAUGUGCUAUUUAACCCUAAUUCGGGGAUGAUAGAUCCUUACACGAAGCUGCACUAUGACAACAUGUUGUAUGCUCAAGUUGAUGCUGUUAUAUUUGCCAUUGCGAGGUUGGGGUUUUCGGGGUUAGAAGUUAGGGUGUCCGAAACGGGGUGGCCAUCCAAGGGUGACACUGAUGAAAUCGGUGCAACUUUGGAAAAUGCAGCCAGUUACAAUAGAAAUUUAAUGAGAAGGCAGUUUGAAAAUGAAGGGACUCCCUUGAGGCCUAACAUGAGACUAGAAAUCUAUGUGUUUGCUUUGUUCAAUGAGGACAUGAAGCCUGGACCUACUUCAGAAAGAAAUUACGGCCUCUUUCAACCUGAUGGAACUAUGGCAUACAAUGUUGGUCUCCUUGCCCUAUCAAGUGCGUCGUCCGCCUCCUCCACAGCAUCCUCCUCGGCAUCUGUUUCUCUGACUUCCUCUGCUCCAAAGGUAAAACUAGUGGGUUAUCAAAGUUUUUUGUACUCGACAGUCUUGUAUUUGCUGGCCCUCCAAAUUCUGCUGAGACGGCAAUCUUAAGGGGAUGGGAAAACAAAGAGAUGUAAAUAUCACCUUUAUGAGGUGAGCAUGUGCUUUCAGCAAUUUGUGACUUGAUCAAAUGGAGAAAAGAAUUCCUUGGAGCCAUCAGGGACCAAAAAAUUCAUGUGCGUAUAACGCAAAAAGCCGAAGGUCAUCCUAUCUUUAAUUUUUCAGCCAACAAAGACUUUCAAACAUGACGAAGCAUGCGUCAGAUGUGCGUCGCCACAAACAUAAAGGGGGGCCAUUUUGCAAUCAUGCAAAUCAGCUGUAAUAGAUCCACAAGCCAUUUAACACAUGGACAUGAUCUCAGAAAAACAAUGGAAGCCCAUUUUCUGGAUCGUAAUCCAGG